AUGCCGCUGCUUUCUUCCCCCCCUCCCCCGCUCCCCCCGGGCCCCCCAAAAUGGAACUCCAUAUUCUGCUUGAAAUCCUGCGGCAGAUCUUCUAAAAUCGCCAUCCCUGACGGAACGCACAGAGCGAAACAAUCUCUUAUCCACUGGCAUCCAGUCGGUCAACGGGUUUGGGAAACCUCUAGGACAGCAAGAUUGAGACACCACACAGGAACCAUUCUGGUCAGAACGUUCUGCGAUGGUUCUGGUCUCGGGACAGAUGACUGGUCCAUUGAGAUAGUGGGAUGGGUAGUUCCAGGGUCUAAAGGAUCCCCACCAGGAGACGGAUGGGUUCCAAAAAGUAAGGCGACGCUUUAUCGUUCAUUUGAAGCUCAUCGCAUGGCGACGAUUGGACGCCUCUGCCUGGCAUUGGGUAGACGUGCAUCUGAGACUAUCAACUGGCCCGCCAAAUGCAAGACCUGA